UCAAAGGCAUGCUGCCGUGCCGACGCCGAGUUAAACAACUGAUUCCCUCACCUCAGACUAGUAAGCUGUGACCAUACAAAAUGACUUCAAGUUCUCCAGCAUCAUCUAUAAGUGUUGAACAUUACACUGAAAAACUUGAUGGUUCAACUUCCCCUUCAUCUAGCACAGAAGACCCAGAAUUCGACCCUGAAUCAGAUCUAGAGGACUUUGAUAACGUUCCCGUUAUUAAACAAGAGGAUAAUGCUGAGCUACUACCGAUGUAUACAUGUAUCCUAUGCAAUAAUGGUGAAGAAUUAGUGGGGAUAGAUGAUUUGGAUCUGCUGCAGUAUGAUUUGGAAAAAUUAUUAACCACCAAUGCUCUGAGAACUCGAUUCUUUUUGGGCCAAUACACACAAGCAGAUAAUGAUGACAAAAAGGCAAAUGACAAUAAAACUGGGAAAACAAAAAGGCCUGAAUACAAAGAAUUGAAACAUGGACUCAGAGUUCCAAAAACAAGACCAAAUGAAUAUGCAUACUAUGAAGAUACUCCAAAAAUUAAGGUGCCAAGAUAUAGCAAUUUUGAAAAGUUUUGGUCUACAGUUGAACCUUAUUGUGCUCCAGUUGGUAAAGAUAAUUUGGCUUUUUUGGACACAUUUAUACAAGAACAAGAAAACGCACAACCUAACGAUUCUAUUAUUCCUGAAGUUGGUGAAUAUUUUACAAAAUCAUGGUCAGAUGAGCUCAUGGAUGAUGAAGAAAAUUUCUGCACAUUGAUCAUUAAAAAAAUUCAAGAUACUAAAGAACAAGAUACUGUGAGUAUCAUUGAAAAACUGGGCGGUAAAACCACUGAAAGGUUAUUGGCAGCAACAAUUUAUGAUAAAGCAUUAAAAGCAGCUGAAGCUGAAGCUGAAACCACAAGUUGUACUGAAACUGGAAAAGCCCACGCCAAAUCAGAUGAAAUUAAAACUACCAAAGAUGCUGAUCCAACCAGCCAUGAUGGUUACGAUGGUUGUCCCAAAGUUGCUGCUUCUUUGGGUAAAAGGUUAGAGAAGGUGUUAUUUGAAGAAGGGAUAUUAACAAAAAAUGAUGUUGAGAAGGGUCCAGAAGAUGACGAUAUCAUAAAAGAAAUUAAAAAAUGCAAAGAAGAAUUGUUAACAAUUAAUGCUCACAAUGUUGUUGAACUGAAAAAACUACGUUCCGCUGUUGUGAAGAAUAUAGAGUUUAAUGAGUUACAGAAUGAGUUGAAUACUGUUGACAAGCAGAUAUUGGAACUCUACAACAGCUACGUAGUGACGCACGCCCAAGAUGAGGAUAAAGACAUAGAGAAAGUUUUCCCAGAACCAAUGCGACCUGAAUUAGCAUCCAAAGCCAAUGCUCUAUUCCAACAGCGAUACAUGCUUGAUAAUAAAAUAAAUGAUAUGGCAGAUACAUUAUACUAUUGCUAAGUAAAUUCCAUCAAGCUUGAAGCUGCCAGAGAAAUCUAAAUCCUUUAUGAAACUUAAAUACAAUUUCUUUGGUUCCACAAUGAGGAAACAGAGUCAGUGAGGAUUUUACCUAGACUAGACCCCUGCUAUUGUUCAUGUAUGCAUGUAGAGCAUUAACUAUUUGAUAAAAAGCAAUUUAUAAGUGUGAGACAAAGAGAUUUUUCUCAUUCUGACCCAAACAAGACUCACAGCAAAUGUUUAUUGAUAUAAUAGUGGGGGGCAAAAAUGAUUCCCUCAUUUUCAAAAGAAUACUUUCUUCACUUUUUGACAAAAGAAUUUUUAUAUUAAGGUAGGGAAGCUUUUAUGAUCCAAUUAAAAGGCAGUUUUUUUUAAAAAAAAAUACGCGUUUAUUAUUGAUAUUGAUGAUUGAUCAAUGACAGGUUAAUGUAAAAUAUAUAUUUAACAUAUUUAUAUAAAAACUUAUUUACUUGCAUAAAUCAACAAUUUUUAUUGUAUUCGUAAAAAAAUAUAAACAUUUUUAAAAACAUUUGAGUAUUAAUAAUUAUUACCACAAAAAUUCAGUAAUAACAACCAUUUUUCAACCAAAUUUUCAAGCAACAUUUUUUUUAGUUUUUAGAUAAUACAUUCUGAAAUACUAAUUAAUUAUACACUGGCAAAUGGCAAACGUUUCAACAGGAAUUUGAGAGGUGAAAUAAUCAUUUCGUUACAUUGAACAUCAAUGGCUGUCUAUUUCAAUUUUACCAAAAAACAAUAACCUUAUUAUGCAAAUUAAACAGAAAUACUAAAAUGUCCAGCCUCUUUAAACCAGUAUCAUGAAACUUUUAAAAUGUUUUUCAAGUCGUCUGGAAGUGAUGUUACUACGUCUUGCAUUCUCUGAUUCAGCUGUUGUUUCACAGUAUCGUUCACUUGGAUGUGACUGUCACAUUCUCCAAUUUUAUUUUUGAUUCUAAGGAUCAUGUCUACCACUUCAACCUCUGGACGAUCUUGUACCCAAUUUUUC